AUGUCCCACACUGAGAGUCUGCCGCCACCUUCUUCUUCUGUGGUGGAUGCUUCACCACAGUGGAGGCUCCUCCUCCUCCUCCUUCUUCUUCUGAUCCUUCCCUUACCUGCCCUGGUGAUGACAUCAUCACCGCGGACCGUGGCCCUGUGGCGCCGCGGCAACAAGGUGUCCACCAUCAACGUCUGCCACUGGUCUGAGAUGGCGGACGGAGCUCUGACGGUGCGUUGCAGCGGACUCAGACUGACACAGGUACCUGUCGGCCUGACCAAUCGCACCACUCGUCUGUUUCUCAAUAAGAACUUGAUCAAUUCUCUGCCAGCCAAUUCGUUCUCUGACCUCUUCCUGCUUGAUGAGCUUGAUUUGUCACAUAACCAGCUCUCUUUCCUGGAAGUCGGUUGUUUCAAUGGUUUGGCGUCCUCUCUUCGGUUCCUGGACCUGUCAUCCAAUCGACUGUCUACGUUGGACCCGGCAGUGUUUGACGGGCUGCAAGUAAUCGCUAACCUCACACACAACCUGUGGCACUGUGACUGCAGGAUGCAGCUGUCGAUGCCUCAGUUGGAUAUGGACUCCACUUCACUGGCCGAAGUCGUCUGUCAGACCUCCGACCUCCCAAACCUCGGAGCUGUUGGUCUGCCGAUGUUGCUGCUGAUGGAGGACUGGGAUCUGUGUCGUUCUGUGAGAAGAACCCAUGACGUUCUGACGCUGGUCACCAUGUUCCUCUGGUUCUUCAUGCUCAUCUCCUACCUGGCCUACUACAUUCGGGAGAACGAGGCUGUCGCACGCCGACACCUAGAGUACCUCAAGUUCCUGGAGAGCCGGGAUCCUCCUUCCGAUCGAAAUGCAUAAGAGGCUCCCCAAGCACUCCUGGAAUCUUUCCAAAGAACCAUAGAGCUCCUGUAGAACUUCACCAGAGACCUCGUGAACAUCCUAAAAACUUGGAAUCUAUGCACAAAUGACCAGAUCCACUUUAAGGUCCAAAGAACUCCGAGAACAUUCUUAGAAGCCUUUAGAAAUUCCUUAAGGAACUCUUUAUCCUAACCAGGGCUUGUAAAAUCUUGCAGAUAACUCCCCAGGGACAAAAUGCAGAACCUCAAAGACUGUGGAACCUCUUCAGUGACACCUGUAGCAUCCUCAGGGAACCAUAGAGCUUCUCUACAAUUUUAUCAGCAAUCCCUAGAACCUCCUUGGGGACCACCAGAUCUUUCUGACCCUUAAAAUACCUCAAGAAACUGGAAAUCCCAUUCAAGGUCCACAGAACCAAAUGAUGAACUUCUAAAAAUGCCUCAAGCAACUUUUAUGUUCCCAGUCCUAUGAGAGGUCCUUUGCAACAUCUUGAACCUCGCAGAACUUAACAUUCUCGUAUGUUUUGCAGUGAUUCUUGGAACCUUCUUAAUGAUGUUUUAGGAGAGUUUAGGAGAACUCUUAGAACCCAGAACCAGAGGUUACCUAGAACUUGAUGAGGACUCUGUAAUUCUCAGACUUCACUUCAAGGCCCUUAAAAUGCUUCAAGGAACUGUAAAACCCUCUGGUGACACAAAGAACCACAUGAUGUAUGUUUAAGACCUCCUGAAGAACUUAGAGCUCUUCAAUCACAUCUGAAACCUCUUUAAUGAACUCAAACGUUCCUCAAGGAUCCUGGAACCUCCUUCGUAACCUUUAGUUAAGGCUCAAGGAACUUUGGAUGUUUGGGGGCUUUCCUGAGGACCUUCAGAAACAACUCAAAGA